CCUGGUAAAAUAAGGAAGCGGGGAGCCAGAGAAGGGGCCGGGUUGGUUAGAGUCCAAAGAGGCGACGCGAGCCGACGGCGGACGUGCUCUCCUCUCCUCUCCUCGCCUCCCCUCCGGCUCUCCCUCUCCCUCCCCGCAUUCCCUUCCACCGCAUUCCGGGGUAUAUUUAGCCUCCGGUCCCUAGAGGCAGGCAGGAGGGGGAGGCGCGCGAGCACCCGGACGGCCGUCUCCACCGUCGGUCACGCGGCGCCCAUCUCCGGCCGCCCUCCGCCCAGAUCCCUCUUCAGUCAGGUUUUCCCCCGCGGCCCUCGCCGUCUCCUUUCCGGCGCCGGCGGCGUCCUCUGGCCCGUGCUCUGGAUCUGGGUGUGGUGCGCAGACGGUCCGUCGGAGAAGAUGAUGGGCGGCUUCGUCUCCAGGAUCCUCCUGCUGGUUUUCGGCUAUGCGUAUCCUGCAUACGAGUGCUACAAAACUGUUGAACUGAACAAACCUGAGAUCGAGCAACUCAUAUUCUGGUGUCAGUACUGGAUUUUAGUUGCCCUUAUGACGGUCAUGGAGAGGUUUGGAGAUUUAACAAUAUCAUGGCUACCAUUUUACUCAGAAGCAAAGCUGCUGUUCUUUAUAUACUUGUGGUACCCCAGGACAAAGGGGACUACCUACAUUUAUGGGACUUUCUUUAAGCCAUACAUUUCACAGCAUGAGAAUGAAAUUGACCGGAAUUUGCUUGAGUUGAGAGCUCGUGCCAGCGAUGUUGUUGUCGUUUAUGUCCAGAAGGUUGCUGCUGUUGGACAGAAUACCUUCUUUGAUGUUUUGAAGUAUGUUGCGUCACAAUCACCAUCCCAGAAAUCAAAGCAACAACGUUCUCAGGAACCACAGCAGCCUCAGCAGCAGCAAUCACAACCACAACCACAACCGCAGGUACAGCAGCAGCAACCACAAAAACAAGCGCAGCCCGUUAUGCGCAGAGCAGCAUCUAUUGCUGCUCGGCAAGCAGCAAUGGCACAGCAAGCUCAGGAGACCAAGCCCGUUUCCCCCAAGAUCAAGCGUCAAGCAUCAGCAAAAGGUGGUCCAGCAGCAUCCGUGAAACCCGCCACAGCUGCUGCAUCCACAGCAAAACCCGAUGAGAACCCAAAGAAAAGCGAGGCGAAACCUGCAACGGCCGAGCUAGUGCCGGCUCCAGCCACUGACGCCGUUGUGCCAAGGCCAGUGCCUAAGGCCCAGCCGGCCCCUGAUGCCGAAGUAUCGGACGACAUGGCAAUCGACGAGGCCGACAUUGCUGUGGAGGGCGCAGAAGAGCUUGAUCCUGCACUAGAGGAGGAGACGGUCAUGGAGGAGACCAUCCGCGUGACACGCGCCAAGCUAAGGAGGCGCGCCGCCGCCGAGGGGCCCGCGUGAAACUUAGCUGCAAACCAUUGUUUUAUUGGCGCAUGGUGUCGUUGCUCCUAUUUUUUGAGUUUUAUUAGAUUGUCACGUUGUUUGGUGGGGAGAAUAUCUGCUGGUCCUUCUGUUUCAGAGUUAUCGCCCGUUCCUUUCGUCUUUCCUGUGGCUAUCGCUGGCCCGUUUCUGUGCCUGGAAAAGUUGUAAAUAUCACCGGGCAUGUGUAUAUACAGAUUGUUGGCAUGUGCUACGAAUGCAUCUAUCCAUCCUGAUUCUGGUCA